CCGUCAGCAGCUCUGAUUCCUGAAGCCAUCACCAAUUUUAGCCCAAAAUGUAACAAUCCGGGUGCCGUCAUUUUGCGUUGGGCUCGUCGCAUUGUUUGCCCGUGUCUCAUGUCACUGGGCCAGUCACUGCCCUGUUUUCCCCAGACGAACUGAACAAUUUCGACCUGAUGCAACACAUUGGAUCCCACAUCGCCCAUCUGGGCAGCCUCAGAGUCAGGGCGCUGUCCAUUUGUGCAAGUGGUGACAGCGGUCAGCAGAAACCCCUGGCAGUUGGCGCCUUGGACUGCGCUGGAAUUCUGUGCUGGACCAAUCAGCACCCGUCGUGUUGGGACUUGAUGUGCAUCAUCGACCACUGAGGGGCUGCCGCGAUGCUUUGGGAAUCAACGGGCCACCUCAUGCGUUAAUUCUCGGUAGCCAACGUCCGAGGGUUUUUUUUUCCCUUUGAUCAUCACCGCUUCCAUGAUAAAAUACCAUGGACUCCUCCCUGCCCACAAAAUAUAUCCAUUCAGCAGUAGUCAAUAUUCACCAUGUUUGCCCCAUCGUCCCUAUAUCUCCAUCUCCAACACCAUCAAUUUGAUAGAGCCAUGAAUCCACCAUACUACAGCAGUCGAGCCGGCGUCAGGGGGAAGAGGAGUUCGGGUCCGUCAACCUGCACUUGUCGUUCACGGCGAAGAGGAUGUGGCAGAACACUUCCGGCUUGCCCAAACUGUCGCCGCCAGGGCCAGGAAUUUGCCAUGGGAUCAUGGCAUCGUGGUAAUGACGGCCGCCUUGUGGCCCGCGGCGGCCACCAGCGUGGCAUUCUCUCGGUCCGGUCCAGGAAAGUCGAUCUUGCCAACAAGCGAGCCGGCCACCACUCCGUAAAGAAACACAGCUUCAUCCUCUCCUUGCCACGGGGUCUUUCCCUUGCCCGCCUGGUCAGGGGGGACAAGUCUUGUUACCGUCAGAAAAAUGGCGAUCUCCCCCUCAGCGUCUCGUUCCCCCUUUCAGACGGUGAAGAUUUGGAAAUGACGGAUCUCUACGAACUCUUGGUCAAGAUGUCUCUGUGUGAAGAGGAGGCGAUGCAGCAAGAACAGCAAUUUGAAGCGCUUUCGCUCCCAUGUGUCGAAAUCGAUAUGCAGGACGAAAUUCCAGCCGUGUUCCAACGGGAGGCUACACCUCCGCCUGAAUCCUCCUCCGAGCCAGCAUCCACCUCUUCCUCGGCUACUUCUUCGGCCUCGUCAUCACCGGUAACAACGCCCGAAGUUGACUCUCAGGGUGAGACAGCAAAGGACGGGCCAAGUCGGGAGGCCGAGACGGAAGCAGAGGUCAAAGCUGAGCAGGUCGAGCCAGAUACUGAAGAAGAACCAGCGAGCGAGCAAGCCUGUAUCAUGCAAGAGCAAACGGAAGCUUCAACGGCCAAACCGACCACCCCUCCCCAACCACUCCUCAACAUUCUUCACCCCCUCCAUCAGUCCACCCCCCUUGACGAGGCGGACCUGGCCACCAUGCUCAACUGGCUCCUUCAGCCCGAUAUCUUCAGUCACUUGUCGGUCCAAUCGUCCUCGGCCAAAUCAUCUUUCACCGCACCCCCCAAGGAUGACGAUGGCUCCCCUUUCCCCAGCACAGACCACUUCCUCCAGAUCAUGGAGGUUAUCUCCCAGCUCACCGCCAAAGUCCUCAUGAAACCUUCCUCUGUCGACGCCGAGGUCCAAGAAAAGGGGCGGGUGGAGAUCACCGUCGAACACCUUUCCGUCAUCAUGAACUUGAGGCUGCUUCUGGACUAUGCGGCCAGGGUCUUGUGCAUCAGGAGCAUCGAGACUCAGAACAACAACACUAGCACCAUGGGUGCCAAUGCCAAUGCUCAGCAGGUGGCUUGAGCAUACCUAUUCCUCGAGGGGAGAGAGCUUUCCUUUGCUUAGACAACAGCACGAUUUCCUUUGUUUGAAUGGGAUCAAUCUGGGUUUAUGGGGGUCGUUGGAGUUCAGGAUUGAUGGUAAUACGGCCCACAAUGGCAGAAGGCGAUGAGACACGUUUAUGAAUUAUGAUGGGGAAUGACUGCAUAUCGAUGACUUAUGACAGCAUGGGGUGGCGUUUUACUUGGUUGAUUUUAUAGUGGGGGAUAUGUAAGGUUGUGCUUUGGACAGGCUGUAUUGUCUUCCUCUAUGGAGCAGGGGGGCAUGCACCGCAUAAUCAUAGUUUCUUUUGUCAGCAUCAGAUGGCGCUGAAUAGAGAUAUUUAGCUCAAUGUUCUUUGCCAAAGUUCCAUUUCUUCGAGCCCCAAUCGGGC